CGACCCGCGCACGCCGGCGGUGGGGCACGGUACCGGCGACUCGGCGCAGACCCCGGUCAGGCAAGUAGCGCGGCGCGGGAGGAAAUUACCACCCGGCGCACGUAAACCUCGCCGCACCAGACGCUGGGGCCAGGGGCAUUUCCGGGAACCUUUUGCUGCGGGCCGGCCGGGAUGGAAAAGCCGCGGGGCUUUAUUUAACCGGGCGGGUUGGUGAGUCGGCCAGUACCCGCACACUGCCAGCCAGCGCUCUCCCACUGCUAGAGCGAGCACCGAGCAGUAGCAGCGGCGAGGGGUGAGGAAGUGAGCUGCAGCCCGCUAGCUUUCUCCGGCCGGCGCCUCGUUUCCUUGCCGCUGCGCGCCUCGGCAACAGCUAGCGCCAUGGGUGGUGGCGCGGCGAGGAGGGUGGCCGUGGCGGCGCUGGCGCUGGGGGUGUUGGCCGGCGUGGCGUCGGCGGCCGUGUACGAGGUGGGCGACAAGGCCGGGUGGACCAUCAUGGGCAACCCCGACUACCGUCUCUGGGCCAACUCCAAGAAGUUCCAUGUCAACGACGUCGUCGUGUUCACGUACAACAAGCAGUUCCACAACGUGCUGGCGGUGAGCAAGGCGGACUACAAGAACUGCAACGCCAGCAAGCCGAUCGCCACCUGGUCCACGGGCAACGACUCCGUCGUCCUCAAUACCACGGGCUCACACUACUUCCUCUGCGGCUUCCCGGGCCACUGCGCCGCCGGCCAGAAGGUGGACAUCCACAUCGCCGCCUCCUCUGCUGCCCCUUCCGCGGCGCCCGCCCCCGAGCCCUCCGCCGCCGCCGGCUCCAAGCCCUCCGGCGGCGCCACGGCCGGGCCGGCGCCGCACCCCAACGCCGCGCCCAAGGCCCUCCCCGCCGGCCGCUCCGUCGCCGCCACCGUCGCCGCGUCACUGCUCUCCCUGGCCGCGGCCGUGCUCGCGUGACCAGGGGCUUUCGUAGUGUCGGUUAGGAGGAGAUCAGCGCCAUUGUGGAUUGAAUUGUGAACUAUGCUGUGUCUCUUGUCGUAUGAGCAGGGGAGCACCUGGACCUGCGUUCGUUUUACUGUUUUGCCCUUGUGGUUCUGUGGAUCCCGGUCUGCCUUGGGGAUUUCUGCCGGUUGUCAAUUAAUUUCCUCAUGUUUUGAGCUCUUCGUCCAUCUCAGUGCAGUGGUAUCGAUUGAGCGCUGUCUGUUCUGCUGCAGUGGCCUUUUCUGUCAGCGUGUCCUCCUUUUCAAGGAGUCGUUUGCCUCCGCGGUAAUAAGA